UUAACUUCCGCAGAAUAUUGUGUUAACCAGUGAAAAGAGUAAAAUUGUACCAGUUCGGAUUCAGUACUUUGUAGCUGUAUAUUUAUCUACUAAUUAUAUCAACGAUCGUCAUUCGGGUUUCAUUAUAACCCCGCGACGAUUGAAAAUUAAAAAUUGUGUAAAAAAACUUGAUCGCACAAGUACAAAAAUUUCGUACUACGCCUUAAUAAAAUUAACUAGAUGACUUGUAUGCACCAAUCUGCCUUCAGCGAAGAUGCCUCUGCCAAAUAUUCUCAAAAAGGCAAGCAGUUACAUUUUAGGCGACUGCAAUCAAGACAAUCGUCGUACUAUGUAUCAGGAUGGCGAGGCAUUAUUUUGCAAGAAUAACGUCUGCGUUCAUCCUCCUACUCUAAUGAGACAAAACUCUGAUGUGGUACAUCAUCCUGGAUACAUGGCCAUAACCUGUAGGUUUAAUAAACAUUCAAAUAUACCAACUUUACAUCUCAGUUGGAUUCCGAAUAGUACGCUUCGUAAACAUCCAACAACGUUAGAAAAUUUAAGUUCAAAAAAACUUGAUUGUGCCACUCAUCAAGAAAUCGAUAUAAAUUCUCAUCAUUCUCAAAUAUCAGAAGAAAGUUGUGAUUUAAAAUGUGAAUAUGAAAAUACUGGUGAAAAAGUUGAUGUUUGCUUAGAAGUAAAGGAACCUGUCAAUUGUGGAGAUUGUGAACGCAUUUGUUCUGGUGGUUUUUCACGAGGUGCACGUUUCCAAAAUGACGACACGGGUACGAAAAAUGAUAAUGGGGAUAGAUUAUGUGAUCAUCAAACUGUACUUACAUCAGAAACUAAAGAAAUUCCAAAUGUCAAUCGGAAAACAAACUAUCACCGGUCUGACAAUUCAUCAAUUACCAUACACGAAGAAAGUGAUCACAGUAUUAGUUUAAAUCAAUUGCGCUCCGAAUCUCUGAGCUCGAGAUAUGACGAAAAUCAACAGUGCAAAGAUCAAAAAAUUUCCGAAACACAUGAAAGCGAUGGAAUAAGUAUCGAUGAAGAAUUAAAAUAUCCUUAUUGUGAUGACAUCAGCCUCAAAAGCCGUAGUAUGUCAUUAACCUCUACAUGCAGUUUAUCUGUUGGCGUAACUUCUGAGGCUGAAGAGAUUCCAUCAUGGAUGAGAUCACCUGAACUUUUGGCCUUACAACAUAACCUCACAUUUCCUGAAAGUGCAACAGCUUCACCAGUAACAUUACGUAGAGCACACAGAUGUAGAAGGUUUUCAGUGGAUCUCAGUGAAAUGAGAUCCUUAAGAUUGUUUUUUGCUGAUCCAGCUUGUACUUCUGGUCAAUUAGUGGUUGCAAGUAGAGAAAGUCAAUAUAAGAUUCUACAUUUUCAUCAUGGUGGUUUAGAUCGAUUAGCAGCAACUCUACAUCAGUGGCAUCAAUUGCUUUAUCCACGAUUAGAUACAGAUGCUGAGGAAACACUUCCAUAUAGGCAUUUUAUGGUAUGUCGACCAGAGGUAAGUCGUGAUGAAUUACAUCCGGAAGAAGGGCAAGUACCAAUGAUUACAUCAUUGGCAUGGAAGGAUUUAUUAAAUGAACGAGGUCAGGUAGAAGAUGAUUUAGCACUUCGUAAAGGAAUAUUUUUUGGUGGACUAGAACCAGCAUUAAGGAAAAUAGUGUGGCCCUUCCUUCUUCAUUGUUAUUCAUAUCAAAGUACUUAUGAAGAUAGGGAGCAAAUUGAUGCCAUUCGUAGACAGGAGUAUGAAGAGAUACAAAAACGUAGAAUGAGUAUGGGUCCAGAACAAGCAGAACAUUUUUGGCGAAAUGUGGUGUGUAUUGUAGAAAAAGAUGUUGUUCGUACUGAUAGAGGAAAUCCUUAUUAUGCUGGAGAAGAUAAUCCAAAUAUUGAAAUUAUGAAAAAUAUUCUAUUAAAUUAUGCAGUUUAUAAUUCUCGAUUAGGAUAUACGCAAGGUAUGUCUGACUUAUUGGCUCCUUUAUUGGCUGAACUUAAUUCUGAAUUUGAGGCAUUUUGGUGCUUUGCUGGUUUAAUGCAAAGAUCUGUAGCAGUAUGUACACCUACUGAUGUAGAUAUGGACAGAAAUUUGUGUUAUUUAAGAGAAUUAGUUAGAAUAAUGGUACCAGACUUUUAUGCACAUCUUCAAAAACAUACAGAUGCCUUGGAACUUCUAUUUUGUCAUAGAUGGAUACUCUUAUGCUUAAAACGUGAAUUUCCUACUGAAGUAGCAUUAAUAAUGUGGGAAGCUUGUUGGGUAAAUUAUUUAACAGAUCAUUUUCACCUAUUUCUUUGUCUUGCCAUAAUGUGUGUCUAUGCAGAUGAUGUAAUAGCACAAGAUCUUAGAACAGAUGAGAUGCUAUUGCAUUUCAGUUCUUUAGCUAUGUAUAUGGACGGAAAUCUUAUAUUGAGAAAGGCAAGAGGCCUACUUCAUCAUUUUCGACAACUUGUUCGUUUACCAUGUACAUUAGCAGGACUUUGUCGACAAUGUGGUCCAGGAAUGUGGGAUAGCACUCAUGACCCCGUUAUAGAAUGUGUGGAUCAUAAUGAUGCACCCUGUCCAUAUUUAAACAAUUAUGAAUAACGACCUAAUUCAAUGAAAGUGAGAAAGAUAUCCUAUUGUUAAAGCUUUCAAAUUAUUCUUACGUUAACUAAUCAAAUUGAAUGCUACUCUG